AUGAUAACAGACAGUCCCUCUCAAAAACGUUCAAAUAAGGAGAACUCUCCAAAGUACCUCUCUAUCACUCGCCAAAGCAAUAUCUCACACAAAAUAAUCAAUGAAGUCUUAAAUAGUGGAUCUGACUAUCUACAGGAUUAGAUGGAAUAGAUUGAUCUCAAAAUUAUGCAAUACCAAUAUAACAUCAAAUAGAAGAUUACUACACUCUUAAACGAGUCAAGUACCUCUCUAGAUUAAUCAGUUUAUCAAAAAAAACUAUAGGAUUUGAGAAUUGAGGAAUAAAAGUAUGAUCUCUCACUAAAUUAGUUCUUAGCAAAUGCAAAACGAUUUGGAUAGACAAUAAACUAUCAUUUAUGAUUACUAUGAAAACGAAUUCAAUAAACUAAAAACAUAAUAUGAGUAGAUCAACUAGGAACAUCAAUACUUCGUGAAAGAGCGCAAUAAUUAUUAGGAUAUCUACAAUCAAUAUUUAGAGACCAAAGCACUCUUGUAAGAAGAUUUAAAUGGUAAACUAUUAUAAAGAGCUGAACUUGUUGGUUAAAAAGAAGAACUUGAAGAAUUUGUUGAAUAAGUUAAAAAUGAGAACCCUUAGCUAACAGAACUGGUUGAGUAGAUUUAUAAUUGCAAUCAAAAAGCUAAGGAAAUUGAUUAAAGUAUAUUAACUUUAACGAGCUCUAUCUAAAGUUUACAAUAAUAACAAGAAAACAAAAAAAGACAAUUAGCUUCAUUUCAUUAAACUACAUUACUUGAGGUUUAGUGUCAUUAAUAGAAUUAAAAGGUGAAAACUUUAAGAAAUAAAAUUGUACCAAUAUAGAAAAGUUUAAAUUUACAACAUCCUGACUCAAUUCUAAAUGAAUUUAUCAACUCUUUUGGAGGUUCCUAAUUGCAAAUAGAAUCUAUAGAGUUUUAAGCCAAAUUAUAAACAUUCACUUAAUAAUUUAGAAACAAUCUGUUCAAAUAAGGUAAUUAGAGUAAUAAUUGGGGAAGCAUGAAGGAAUUUGUUAUCUAAUUAGAAUCUUUCAUUUUAGCAUCUCUCUAACAAAAAUUAAUCCAAAAUCAAUUAUAAGUAAGAAGUUAUAACCAUAUUUUAGGAUAUGAAAUGCACCCUGAAAUAACAUGGAGAUGAAUUACAAUUAUCUAAUGACGUGUGUUCAAUUGAUUAUUAAGUUGAAGUUAAGAAAUAGUAAAUUAGAGAACUUGAAGAUGAUAAAUCUUCAUUAGAUUAUAAGAGGGAAAUGUAAUGACUAUUAUUGAAAUCUAGGUUUUAUGAGUAAUUUCAAGAAAGGAUUCGAUAAUAAACAGAAGAUGCUUUUCUUCAGUAUCAAGAACACAAUGAAGAAAACUUAAAUUGUAUUAAAUAGUAGUACGGAAAUGUAGAGUAUAAAUCAAUUCUUGACUAAACCUACAAAGAAAUGUAAUAGUUGAUGUAGGAUCAAGAAGAAGUACUAUAUCAAUAAUAUUUAGGAAUAAUUUAAUAAUACAAUGAAAUUAAUAUAACAGUAUUACAUUUAAGAUUAAGCUAUAAAAGUCAAUAUUCAAAUGGUUGAUUAAGAAAUACUUCCUCAAUUAAAGAAUAUUGCAUAAUAAAUUCAGAAAGCCAAAAAGGAUCUAGAAAGGGUAAGUGGAAAUGAAAAACCCUUUUUUGACAAAUAAAAUAAGGUAGAAUAGGAAAUCUAAGCAUUAGAAUUAGAAUUUAAGAAAAAGAUUGAGUAAUUUAAUUUAUAAGAGACAGAAAUAUAAAAGUAAUUGAGUACUGUCAAAUAGGCAAUAGAAAAUACUUAAGAAUAAUUGUUAUCAAAAAGUAAACCUAAUAAGGCAUUACUGGAAUAAGAAAUAUUACAACUAAAUAAUCUAUUGACUUAAUUAUAGGAAUAGAAGAAACAAUUAGAAGGGGUUUAAUUUUAAUUCAGUAAAUCACCAUAAAGAGUAGAUGCUAGUAGAAAAAGUUCAAAUGGAGGUAUUUUGGCUAUAUCAAAAUCUUUAAAUCAAUUUACUAAAAUGAGAAAAGAACCUACAGUGAAUAGUUUUAAUAACAGUAUAGUGAAAGGCAUUACACCUACAAAGGAUGCCUCUAAUCUAUAUUUGAUAAAUAAAUUUGCAAAGCAAGCUUCAUGCAAAUCAUCUUAGGAGUUUAGACUUAAAUCAAACAUUUCAAUCAAAUAGAUUAAAUGA